AUGCUCGCCCCGGAGCUGCGAGUAAUGCGCCGACUCCUCAAGAGCAGUUUAUUUCGCUUGACCUCCAAGUCGGUCCCCGUAAAUUCAGCCUACGAAGUCUGGUCGGCCUCACGCUCGCUGCCCACCGGCGAAAUUCUGGUCCCUGGGGCACACAGGACAGUCUCGUUGCUCAACAUUAGACUUGCUGCCAUAAUUGUCUCGACGUGUGCUUUCGAUUUCUUUUCUCAUAUUUGGAGUCUCCAUCCCCUCCGGACCACGCUCAUGCUUUCGCUGAACGUGGUUCGGAGUGUUUUGCCUGCAUUCCGGGGCUACUCCCAAGCCCUCAUAAUCGACCAGUUGCAGCAGCUUGUGACCUCUGGCGACUUCACAUGGUCCCGCUUAAUAAACUUCCUUAUGACGGACGUAGCUCGAGAGGUUGGUCGAAGGAUAUUGGAAGGAGUCUUGGAGACAUACGCGUCGGUUUUUACCACUAUCUCUACCCCCGCUUACAUGAAUCUCUGUAGAACUUCCAACGAAACAAUCGUCAUGGACUCCGCCAAAUUUUUCGUUGAAUAUGCUCAGCUCGAACAUCGAGUCCGCUUAGACAUCCCGACGCUUCAAGACCCCCAAAUCCGGGACUUAUUGGCCGAAUCGGACCUUUUCGCUCGUUCGUUUAGCGGAAGCGGAAGCUUCGGUUUAUUGUCGCCUCUCGAUUGCAUUCACAUCAUCUCCCUGGCGACAGAGAUUUUCUCUCAUCUUCUCCUAAUUCUCUCUCUCACCGGUGGACCGGUCCAUUUUUGGGUCUUACUUCUUUCGCUCUUCUCCGUCACUCUACCCAUCCUACUCACGUGGAUUCGCUGCCCAGAAGUUCAUUCGGAUGACACUUUUACUCCCCGGGAAGCUCGUGCGGCCGACCGACAGGAGAAAAUGAGAAAUCUGGCGUAUGAUGAAGGUCAUCGCCCUGAAAUAGAACUCUUUGGUCUCGGCGACUGGAUAUUGAAGACCUGGGCAAGUGCAAGGAAGGUGGUUCUUGAUUCCGAACACAGUCGACAACUGCAAGAAUCCUCAAUCCUUUCGAACCUCAAUUUUUCUGAUUUCUUCUUUGCGGUGCAAAAUAUCCCUCUCGUUCUACUGCUCCAAACCUCUUCUGCAUCGCUGGGUUCCUUGACUCUUUAUCGAAGCUCGAUACAGUCGGUGAUUUUAGCCUCCAAAGGCUUAGUCGCGACGUGCCGCAUGGUUUUCCAAGGCAUAUUUUUGAUGUCUGCGUUCUGUGCAGCAAAGGAUGUCAAGCCCCAACUGCAGCCCACCGAAGAAGAUGCAGUUUGUUACCAGCCAUGUCCUGAGGGUGCUCGGAUUGAGGCUCGUGGACUCUCGUAUACGUAUCCAGGGUGCCCAGAGCCUGCACUUAAGAACGUUAAUUUCUCGCUUCGAUCGGGAGAAACACUUGCCAUCGUCGGUCACAACGGCUCUGGAAAAUCAACACUGGCAAAGGUCCUCCUUCGAAUUGUCGACUGCGAGGGGGACUUAAUCGUCAACGGCACCUCCAUCAGACGUUAUGAUCCAUUCGAUUUUCACCAGCAUAUGAGCGGCGUGUUCCAAAAUUUUUCCAAGUUCAAUUCAACGGUCAGGGAGAAUGUGGGGUUCGGUCGCGUCGAAAAGAUGAGCUCAAGGACCACUAUUGAGUCUGCUAUCCAGCUAGCAGAGGCGCAAUCCCUCUUAAACUCCUUGCCGUAUGGUCUUCGGACCGUUUUGGAGACACCGGGCUUCAUGCAGUACACUGGAUGCUCACCUGUCCGCCAACAUGGCUUGUCUGGUGGCGAGUGGCAAAGGCUUUCGCUCGCCAGAGCGUUUAUGAGGGCCAAUGAACCACAAGUCGAUUUAUUGUUAUUUGAUGAGCCAACAGCUUCCCUCGAUGCACUGGCUCAGAGUCUUAUCUUUGAUACGAUUGACCGCAUCUCCCGUUCUCCUACUACUGGGACCAGAACAAAGACCGUCAUAUUAAUCACCCACCGCUUAUCGCUGGCCCGGAGAGCGGACCGCGUGGCGCUGAUGGAGAAUGGGACCAUCACCGAAUUUGGAUCCCACGAAGACUUACUCCAGAAGGACGGUGCAUAUGCCGCCUUGUACCGAGCCUCGCUCUAG